GUGUAAGCGGAGCACUAAGAAAAAUUGUACAACUAUUAUUGGUUUCCUGAAGUUUCAGUUAGCUGUUGUUGCACUUAGCUUUUAAGAAUAAUUCAAUAGCCCAGUUUAUGAUAAUUCAAAAUGUAAAGUAGCGUCUAUAGUGAAAGAUUAACUUCCUUGGUAGCUUUAUCUUCUCGAAUACAGAAACGCACAGCGAGGAGUGCCAUUGAAAUUACCAAUGGCAGUUACCUCAAAUUAAUUUACGACUACUGGCAGUAAAUCAUCAAACGGACAGAACUGUCACUUCGCCCUGCGACAGCCAAUCCCCUUCCCUGGCCGCCUGCCACCGUGAACAGCUGGAUUUGAGAAGAUGGCUCUCUUCACAGCUUUCAUGUCUCUCUCUGUCUUCAUCAUGAGACUAGGAGGACCUGCUUCAACCGCAUCUCAGUCCAGUGUCCACUCAGUGUCCCAAUGCCACGACUGGGGUGAGUGGGGCAACGGUGCCGUGGUGGUGAUGGAAGGGGAGGCAGGUUGGCUUUCCUGCCCUCUUUUCUCCCAUCCCACUGUCUACAAUUACAGUUUGGCGCAGGCUGCUGGCCUUAACCUGGUAUGGUACCAUGUGGCUGCAGGUCAGGACCUGGAACAGCCCAUCAACUUCCACCACCCAGACCAGAGACUCAGCAAGGACAGGGAAUGGCUGUGGUUACAGCCAGCCACCGUGGAGGACACAGGCCAGUACAUCUGCAUGCUGAGAAACAGGACAUCGUGUGCAAAAAUUGCUCUGCAUCUGAAGGUGGUGCCACGCGACAAUGACCCUAAGUGUAAAGUGAAGGCUGCUGUGCCUCCCACCGAGGUCAACAUUCCCAUUCAAGGGGGCGAGGACCUGACCUGUCCUGACCUAAAGGAUGUCAAGCUGCCUAACACCAGCUACUCAGUCACUUGGUACCAUAAUUGUGAUCCUGAUGCUUUCCAGCACAUUGAUCGUAGGUCAAUCGGAGGCAAACUGUUAAUACAUAUAAUGUAUGAAGUUUACCAAGGACCUUACCACUGUGUGGUCACCUACGAGACCAAAGGAAGAACCUUUAACUUCACCAGAGUGGUCAAUGUAACUGCAGUGUCUUCCAGUGGAUUACCCAAAGAACCUAAUAUCCUCAACCCUACCACAGAUCAACUCUAUCUAGUCAAACAAGGGUCUGAGGUGAAUCUCACAUGCAGAGUGAUGUUGCCCUUCCUGGAAGGGCCAAGGGAAACCUGGUGGACUGUUGAUGGGAAGACUGUAGAGCAGUUUGCUGACCCUCGCUUCUCAUUCACUAAUAGUUCGGUGAACAAAUAUUUUGGGGACUGGACAGUUGAGAAUGUACUACACAUCAAAGACUUCAACUCAGAAGACCUGAGGAGAGAAUAUAACUGCUCUGGACGCAACAACCGAGGCAUGGCAACACGCAGAGCUGUGCUGGAAGAGGAGGUGUACCUGCCAUCUGUGGAGCUGGGCUGUGGUCUGGGCGUAACUCUGUUCCUGAUGCUGGUGAUGUUCGUGGUCUAUCACAUUUUUUGGUUGGAACUACUACUGAUCUACCGCUCCUGGUUUGGAACUGAUGAACGCUCUACAGAUGACAAGGAGUACGAUAUCUACAUCUCGUAUGCAAGGAAUAGUGAGGAGGAGCAGUUUGUCCUGUUGACGCUACGUAGGGUCCUGGAGAAUGAGCUGGGUUACACAGUCUGCAUCUUUGACAGGGACAGCCUUCCUGGAGGGACCAUUACAGACGAAACGCUGAGCUUUGUGGGCCGCAGUCGCCGCCUCCUAGUGGUUCUCAGCCCAGGCUAUGGCCUCCAGGGGACACAGGCCCUGCUGGAGCUCAAGGCAGGGCUGGACAGCAUGGCAUGGGGUGGGCAUCUCCGGGUCAUCCUGGUCCAGUACAAGCCCCUGGGUAGGGAAGACUGGGUGUGUGAGCUGAAGCGAGCAAGAGUUGCCCUCGUAUUAGUCCUUUGGCAAGGGGAGAAAUCCAUGGAUUUGUCCUCUAGGUUCUGGAAGAGACUCCAGGUUGAGCUACCAGUCAGAAGGGUUAAAGACUCGCUAGCGAACAAGAAUUGUAAUGCUAUAACACUGCAGAAUAUAGCUAUAGACACAGACGGAGAGAAUAAUACAAUUAUGGAGAAGCCGCUCAUACAGAGAAUACAGAGUGGGGAAAAAACAUAUGCGUGAAACACUAUUUCACUCCAUUCCCCCACUGAUUUUUAUAUCAUAUUCUGAAUGCAUAGUUUUUUUGUCAAAUAUUGAUUCAUUUUGACACUUUAAAUAUAACCUACCGUUCAAAAGUUUGGGGUCACUUAGAAAUGUCCUUGUUUUCGACAUCAAAUUGAUCAGAAAUAUAAUUUAGACAUUGUUCAUGUUGUGAAGGACUGUUAUUGCUUGAAAAGACAGAUUAUUUAUGGAUUAUCUACAUGGUCAUAUAAAGGCCCAUUAUCAGCAACCAUCAGUCCUGUGUUCCAAUGGCACUUUGUAUAUUCAAGUCCAUCAUUUUAAAAGGCUAAUUGGUCAAUAGAAAACCCUUUUGUAAUUAUGUUAGCAGAACUGAAAACUAUUGGGCUGAUUAAAGCAAUAAAACUGGCCUUUAGACUAGUUCAGUAUCUGGAGCAUCAGCAAUUGUGUGUUUGAUUACAUGCUCAA